AUGGAUGUAAACGUUAGAGAUCUUCGUAAUCGCACGAUCUCACUGCCAACGUUCAAACAUCGUCAAUAUUCAGGAUCUAAUUCACCAGCGAAAAGUUUUUGUCGUCGACAUACUACCUCGGCUGCUUCUUCAUCAAAUAAAAUCAAUCUACCUAUUCCUCAAGCAUUGUCUCCUCAAAAGAAAAAAAAAAUAAAUCCAACUUCUGAGAAAUUGUUAAAAAGAUUGAACGAGCAAUAUAAUGAUUUUUCUAUUCGUUCAGCAAGUACAUUACGUAAAACAAUGAAGGGUGUAAGUGAAGUACUUACUUUUGAUCUUGGUUUCAUUUAUCAACGAACAUCUACGGUAAAAAUUCCGUUAGAUUCACAAGCUUUUGUAGCGGCAAAAGCAAAAUAUUUUCAAGCUGUUAACGAAUGA